AGUGUUCGAGACUGCAUGUAUCAUUACUGCUGCUUCAACAGUAUGAUGUGGACGUUGAGCAUGAGUUCCUCUAGAUUCUUCUCAUACUGUCCCCUUUGUAUUUGGACCCGGAGCAUGAGAUUUAAAAUGAACAAUUUCUGACAAGUUUCUGAAAAAUAUAGUUGGUCUCACCACAAAAGAAUAAUUUAGGCAGCUUCUCACACCUCUGCUGUUUUUUCCAAAGGCUCUACGAGAAAAGAAACAAAUAAGCAUUUUCCCUAGCUCCUCAUGGCUUGCUGCUUCCACACCCUUCAACACGGCAGCUUGAGCUCAGAUGAUGAAAGCAGCCACCAGCACAAUAGCACAGGGAGUGAAGGGGGCGAUAGCACUCCUCCCCCCAAGCGCAAGGGCAAGUUCUCUACGCUGGGCAAGAUCUUCAAACCUUGGAAAUGGAGGAAGAAGAAAAGCAGCGAGAAGUUUAAGGAAACUUCAGAAGUUUUGGAAAGAAAGAUGUCGAUGAGAAGACCACGGGAGGAGUUGAUAGAGCAGGGAGUUCUGAAGGAGCUUCCUGAAAAUGAGGCUGAUGAGGCUCAUGGGUCUAAGCCCCUGUAUGUGAAGAAUGGCCACACACUGCCUGUAGUGUGCACUAGUGGAAAUCGCGGUAUCGAGUCUGUUCGGCCUACAUCCGAGUUGCAAUUCAGGGUCAAUCCGGAGCGCAGGGUUCGUGACCCCUCCGAUGCUGAGCGGCGUGCAAUGACUAGCCAGGAUGAGUGUUGGAGAGGUGGGCGUUCUGCAGUCGAUGAGUGGAAGCCGAGUAUGGGCUGGCAGGGAGAGGAAAUAAAGCACGGAGGUAGAAUACACACAGACACAGACAGAAAGCCCGGUCUGAUCAAAGCCCCGUCAGAGGACGGCAGAAGAACUCGCCCUGAGGCCGACUGGAAGCCCAGCCUUCCCCGCCACUCAUCUGCUGAGGAGGGCAGAGGAAGGAGAGAAUCAGACAGCAGUCACUAUAUUCCUGACCCCGAUGCUCUGAGGGAUACCCUGCGAGAGCCCCUGCCCCCUAAACAGGCCGUCAUGCCCCCCAAAUGGUUCAUGAGCUCCACCGCAGAGUGUGGCUCUGAGCCCUUGCCCCACACGCCCGUCCACAGCCCUGCAACCUCAUUCUCCUCCUCCUCUGUUUCCUCCAACUCUCCGUCGUCCUCCGUCCCCAGCGUGGCGGCAAAGACCAUGCGCACCGGUCCAUCCGCUGUGGCCGGCAUGCCCCUUGCAUCCUCCUCCAGCCAGUCGUCCUCCCAGGGACCAGUGCCAACACAGACCUCUAGGCAGCCCCCGCUCCCUCCACCCAAACCAGUCAGUCGCAACACCAAUGCUGCCAUGCUGGCUUCCACCCUUCAAGGGGGUGACCCAUUUCCCCUCUACUGGUCCUGCUGGAAGCGUGAGGCUGACUAUGAUGUCUACCUGUCACUGCCCGUGUACUUAUGCCGUCGGGCAGGAGGUGGGCGCACAGCUGAACUUACACAGGUUGUAGGAACUGCCAACCCAGCUCCAGCUAAGCCGUCGCCACCUAUGCCGCCCAAGAGGACCACGCCGGUCACAAAGCGCAACCCUGAGAACUCCGCCCAUCCCAUCUCCUCUUUGCCCUCCAUUCUCUCUCUUGAGGACAGGGCAAACAUCCCGGGAGGGUUUCCACUGCCCCCGCCUCCACCGUCCCCACCUCUUCCCACGCACAUCCCCCCUUCUCCUCCCCGAGGACAUUCUCACCAACUCCUCCACCAACACUCCUACCCUCAUCCUCUCCCAGACCCAAUACCUGUCCACUUUGACCCCCCGAGCCCAGAGGAAGAACUGCCUAUACGUCAAGCCCCAGUGCCCCUGCACAUCAUGAUCCAGCGGGCAUUGAUCAGCCCUGGAGCUGCGCUCCCUCAUCUGGAUGCUUCCCACCGUGCCCACUCACUGCUGUUUGAAACACCUCCAGAAUACCAAGGAUCUCGCCCGCUGCCGGUCACCAUCCAGCCUUUAAAAAUGGCUGAAGAUGACUACUCUGACGAAGAGGAGGAAGAAGAAGAGGAGGAUGAAGAAGAAGAAGAAGAGGAGGAGGAUGAGGAGGAGGAUGAAGACGAGCCACCUCCUGAACACAUCCCUCCGCCUCAAAUUCAACCAGAGCUGGAGCCUCGCAGCCGCAGGUGCAUAGUUGGGGAUGUAAAUAUCCGGAUCAUGCCAGAGGGGUCAGACAGCAGUGAGGAAGAGGAGAGAGAGGAAGAUCAGCAGGCUGAUGAGAGUGAUUCCGAUGGCCCUGUGCUUUACAAAGAGGAGGAUUCAGACGAAGAGGAAGAGAGUCCGCCAAGUAGUCUGGCCAGCAGGGUGAAGAGGAAGGACACUUUGGCUCUGAAGCUGAGCAGUCGGCCCUCAGCCCCAGACAGACAGGCUCCUGAGAGGCAGACCAGAAUGGAGUACACAGGUCUGUCAUGGCAGAGCAAAGAGCAGUGGGAGGCCAUCCGCACACAGAUUGGCACAGCACUUACACGACGAUUGAGCCAAAGGCCCACUGCUGAGGAGCUGGAACAGAGGAACAUUUUACAGCCCAAAAAUGAAGCUGAUCGUCAGGCAGAAGUUCGGGAGAUUAAACGCAGGCUCACCAGAAAGUUAAGUCAGAGGCCAACCGUUGCCGAGUUACAAGCCAGAAAGAUCCUGCGCUUCCAUGAGUAUGUAGAGGUCACGCAUGCUCAAGACUACGACCGCCGCGCUGACAAACCAUGGACCAAACUCACACCUGCCGACAAGGCUGCAAUACGAAAGGAACUUAAUGAGUUCAAAAGCUCUGAGAUGGAAGUACAUGAAGAAAGUAGAAUUUAUACAAGGUUUCAUCGUCCAUAACAUCUUCCGCUGACUGGAAAGUAAAGCACUUGAGCCCCGGUGGCAGGGAGAGAAAUGGUGCGUGGCUGUGUGUGUGCGUGCGUGAAUAUGUGUGCGUGGCUGUGUGCGUGCGUGUGUGGCUUCAGGGUGUUUGUGCUCCCUGGCAAACCACCCUUCAGUGAAUGUACUGUACAGAUACCUAAAACAAAUAAUCGAACACUUCCUCAGUCAUCUGCCCUUGUGUAAAUAUGACAGAUGGGAGGGCUGAGACCAGAACAAUUCAGUAUUUCUGCCUGAUGUUGAAGGGAGACGGACCUGUGCCAACGAAAGCACUAAUGAAGGAGCCUCAAAAAUGGACGUCCAGUGUAUGUGCCAUCAGGAGAACAUCUCUCAGGAACCGAGAUCCCCUUUAUAGCAGCAUGAGUCUGCCCUCAAUUGGGGAAAGGAAGGUCAAAAGUGACCAUUAUGCUUACAUAUUCAGUUUCUUUCCUUUUAGGGAAAUGUAUAAACCUUAACAAAUAAUAGCAUUAAGAAAUCGUAAUAAAUAAUUGUUAGAUUCUGAUGGUGGACUGAGCAGAGUUGUGUACAGAUGGACUUUGCAUGGACAAAAAGGAAUAUUUGUGUAUGCGUGUAUAGUGUUGUAAUUUUCUCUUGGGCUGAAUCUUUUAAAUUGAAUCAUUAGAAAAUGUAAAGCACAAGGUUUUAUUAUGCAUUGUCACAUUUGUGUAAGAUGGGCAGAUUUAUUUAUGCCUCACUUGCUUACAUUUGCUCUUCCCUUGCAGCUUGUCAUUAGAAAUGGGGAAGAUGGAAAGAUGGCCUUUUUCUUUUAUUUUAAAAUAGUUUUAAUGUAAAUAGUCUUUGAGCAUUUCACAUCCUGAUUUUAAUCUCAAAUAUAUAUAAAUAUAUAGAAAAAAACUCUAAUAUUUGAUGUUUUAAUCCCUUUUUACUACAUGGGGUAGGAUCAUUUAAAUUAAAGUACAAGAUGAAAAUCAUAUUUCUAAAAGUUAGGACUGCAAACUUGCAUACUUGGAUGAGAAUCGAUUAUAAUUCCUUUAGUCUUUUGAAUUAAAAUUGAAGCCAGAGUGAACAGACCGACUAUUGAUUCAAUGCAAUGAAUAAAGUUUCAUAGUAUAAUGAUUUCCAGGGGAAUUUUCAGCUUGAAUAUUCCUUUUUUUUCCUUCUUUUUUUCUUUCUUUUAAAUGUCUCUGGCCAGUAGAAUAAUAUAACAUGCUCUGCUGUACAGAUCUAUUAUUUAGAUUAAUCUGUCUGUUGUGUAUAUCUUGCCUUUCUUUAUUUAGAACUGUAUUUUAAAUAUUAUAAAAGUAAUAUAGGUUGCUAUUUUUUUAAGCACAAAAUAUUAGUGUUUUAUUCAAUGCUUUAAGGAUUGUUUUGUUUUUGUUUUUUAAUUUGAUUGUGUGAAUGUUUAGGAACUGACAGUAUUUUUCUGUUUAGAUGUAGGCCUAUAAAUCUAAAUUAAAUGCAUACAAAUAGUUUUCGGGCUAAUUUAUGUUGUUGUUGUUGUUGUGGAAGAAAACAAAACAAACAAAUCAUAGAAUCUGUGUCCACAUAACUCUUCCGUGUUUCAGCAGGUAGUAUUGCUGCCUUACAGCUGACCGUGAGCAGGAUAAAGCUGUUACUAAAAUAAAUGAUUGAAUGACAUGGAAA